AUCCAGAUGUGCCCGUCAGUUAGAUGCCCAGAAUCUACAAGGUGGAUCCUUGACUCUGAUUGGUUCGUUUAAGUGAUGACAUACCGUGAUUAGAAUCCAGUGCUUCACUUCAAGAUGGUCGAUGGCGUCAGUGUUGUGAUAAACGGGCAUAAAGCAAAGACCGGAGUAACCAUAACAGGCUUGGUUUAAGAAAGCAAGCAGCUUUUUGUAAGACGCAAACAGUGACCAUGUCCCGAAUGGGAACAAUGAGAGACAGGCUGAGCAGGUCAAUAUCACCUGCAAAGUCCCCAUCCCAACUAUUCGACAGUCAUUUGGACUUAAAUGAUGUCAAUAUGUCAAGUUUAGUUGAGGAGUUAAAGGCAGCAAGAACAUUAAACAGAUCACUCACAGAAAAGCUUGCUCAAGCUGAGUCGGACCUGGAAUUAGCUCACAGGUGUAAAGAGGAAAUGCAAGUGGAAAUGGAAGCCAAGGUUGCUGCCAGAGGAGCUGCUCUUGUCGAUAAAAUAUAUGCUGCCCAAAAAGAAAGAGAUGCGGCGAUACUAGCACGCUUGAAAAUGGCCAAUGACGAAAGAAACGAAGCAGUUGAGCGACUUAAAAAUUGGAGAAAGACAGAGGUUUUGAUUCUGGUGAGUUUCAAUGAGCUUCUCCGAAAGGUCGAAUCUGCAGACAACGGGCGGCUUAUUGAACGGCAUGGCUCGGUCAUAGCAGAUCGACUUGCAAAGGUUCAGCGAAUGCCAAACAAAAGAAAAAAUGUUGAUGAUGAACAGAGGUUGAUUAAAGAGAGAGAUGAAGCAAGAUCUCAGGUGAAACGACUUGAAGAAGAAAUUGAGAAAAUCAAGAAAGAGAAGACAGAAAAUGAAGAAAACAGGAGAAAUAGUGAAAGAACUCGAUUAAAAGCUUGUCAGGCGCAAUUGAAAUCUGUGCUGCGAGAAAAGGAAGACGCGGACAACAGAGCAAGGCAACUCAAAGAGGAACUGGAAAAUUUAAGAGUGUACUACAGCUUACACAAGUCGUUAUCGCAAGAACAAGGUUUAAGAGACCAAUUCAACUCAACAAUGGACAAUUUCGAAGAAAAAUUAAGAGCGACCGAGGGCGAACUACAGCUGGCUCAGCGAAACUACGAGGACGCUGUGGCAAAGGCAAACGCGCUCAUCCGCGAAAAGAGUGCUAUGGCGUCACAGCUCCAUGACACUUUGGCACAACUCAAAGAAGAGAAAACACGAGCUGAUAAGCUAGAACGUCUUGUCGCUGUACUGCGCAAAAGAAUUGCAGGGAAUCCUGUGACAGAACAAAUGUGAUAUUCAUGUCUACUCACUUUUCGAAAGGAGUUAGAGAUUUAGAAAAAGCGACUAUCUAAACGAAACUGCUCUCUGAACAAUACCCCUCUCUGAACAAUUGUCUGAACGGGACUGAUGUAUAUCAAUGUAUGUCGAUUCGAGCUUGAAGUUUUUAAACUCUAUGUUUCAUAACUGUAAAUAAAAGGAUCUUUGUAUAUGUUAGUAUUUAACAAUUCUGAUAGCUUGUGAUUACAUAAUAGAAGCACCCUGUGGUUUUUUAUGGUUUAGAUAUUGAUAAUUAACCCUUGCUGGUUUUACUAUAUCGAAGUUUAUUAAAUCGAACUUUAGCGCACAGUAUUGUAAUUACUGUUAUCCGCUUAGGAUUUUAGACUCAUGAUUCACAUAUAAACCGUUGUAUGAAUUGAAAUUGGUUGUAUUCUAACCGUUUUCUGAUCCACGAUGCCAGUAUUGAUACCUCAAUUGGUCAUAGUGUGUGUACAAGAUGUACUCUCACUUUGCAGUUGAGAUUAGAAUUUGCCAAUCCGGGUUUACACUCCUUUGUACUUUACAUUCCUGUACACUCCUAUUGUCAUUUAUCCUGUUUCUCUGCAAGCUUUCAAUGAUUAUC